AUGCCCAGUGGUUGCGGCUGCUGAUGAUCUCACAUCGACAGCAGUGCAGUGCUGAGUGAGGAAGGGUGACCCAGGAAUUGAGGACUGAGAAAAAUACAGCAAGCAGAUGAAGAGAGGGAGCAGAGGAGGAGAAGCGUUUGCCAGAGCAGCAGGCAGAGCAGCGAAGGGAAGGCAGGAGCUGAAAGAGAGAGGACGGCUCAUGCCGAAUGCCUUCCAGAUGCACUGAAACCACCAACGAACCUUUGGGAAUGGCUACAAGGACUGCUUGCUGCCUGUAGAGCAAGGGUUGUGGACUGACUCUGUGUGUGUGAGAGAAAGAGUGUGUGGCCGGGGGAGAGAAGGAGAGAACUUCACAGUACUCUUGAUUAAAAUGUUAAGUUGUGCAUAACAGAUUUGGCAAGACAGCCUGAGAAAUGCUGCUGCAAGAGACUCUGGCGUGUAAAUCACAGCCACUGAUGCAUAUAGGACAGCCUGCUCUGGCAUAAGGGUGGAGAAUAAAAGAAUGGAGGCAAUGCAGAGAAUAUCAGAAUAAAGGUCUGCAUUGGGUCGUUGGAUUUAAUAAGGAGGAGGUGGCGCUGAAAGAAGUCAGCCUCACAUGAAUGGUGGACUUGACACGAGGUGCUGUGCUGAAUUCUGAGAGAUGCUAGACAUUCAAUCUGACAACUGUGCAAAGAGAGACCAUGGAGAAAUCAAGUAGUGAGGAUUCCUCAAUUCACCGGAGUCCAUCUUUGGACAGCAAGGAUUCAGACUUUGCUAAACCUUCUACCUCAGGCAGGCAGUUUGGCCGAGGCUUCACUGCCGGAGCUUUCUAUGGUACCACGGGAUCGAACACACAGAGCCAUACUGCAGCUGCAGCUGGGACUGGUGUCAAAAGUGACAAAUACAAUGCACCCAAAGGCAGCAAAUACGUGGUUUUUUAUCUGGAUCUAUCAUUUGUUUUCCUUUUAGAAUUUAAGAAGUGCAGCAUGGCGAGGGGCUGCUUGUGUUGUUUGAAAUACAUGAUGUUCCUUUUCAAUUUAAUAUUUUGGUUAUGUGGCUGCGGUCUCUUGGGUGUGGGAAUAUGGCUGUCCGUGUCACAAGGAAACUUUGCCACCUUUUCUCCCAGCUUCCCUUCACUGUCGGCAGCAAACCUGGUCAUUGCCAUUGGUACUAUCAUCAUGGUGACUGGCUUCCUAGGCUGUUUGGGUGCUAUCAAGGAAAACAAGUGCCUCCUCCUAAGCUUUUUUAUUGUUUUGCUGAUCAUUCUCCUGGCUGAGCUGAUACUACUCAUUUUGUUCUUCGUUUAUAUGGACAAGGUUAAUGAAAAUGCGAAGCAGGAUUUGAAAGAAGGGCUCAAGCUGUACAACACGGAAAAUAAUGUUGGGCUGAAGAAUGCUUGGAAUAUCAUUCAGGCAGAGAUGCACUGCUGUGGGGUUACUGAUUACAAAGACUGGUACCUUGUACUGGGUGAAAACACUGUCCCUGACAGAUGUUGCAUAGAAAAUUCUGAAGACUGUGGCCGGAAUUCCACUAAUACGAAUUUAGUGUGGAAAACGGGCUGCUAUGAAAAAGUCAAGAUGUGGUUUGAUGAAAAUAAGCAUAUACUGGGGACGGUUGGGAUGUGUAUCCUCAUAAUGCAGAUACUUGGCAUGGCUUUUUCCAUGACUCUCUUUCAGCAGAUUCACAGGACUGGUAAAAAAUACGAUGCCUAAGAAACACUACAUUGUUAACUGCGUCAGGACUUCUCUCUUGGCACUGCAGGUGCAGGAGGAAGAAAAACAAAGCUGAAAAGAAAAUCAAGCUAUACCUGCUUGGGACCUCCAUCCUACCAUCCAUCACGUGACUAAGCACAAUGUAUUACUGGACUUCCUUUUUGUUUCUGUUCAUUUACCAUUUUUGCCAAAGAAGAAAGGAAAUUUACUGAGAGCAAAUCAGCUUUCUGCACUACUUUGUAGACCCACUGUUUAUACUGCUCUCUAACAUUAUUUAAGGAACAACCUUUACUCUGCUAUCUGUAUUAGACCAUUGAGGAUAACCCGACUGGUGUGUGUUUAACUUCUAGCAAAAAAUCGUUUCCAUCUCAUGGGUCACAAGCAGCUUUUGCCGAACAUAAUACUGGGAGACUUGAAAAAGCCACGCAAAUGGAGAUCCUGUGAAUUUGAGCUGCUUGGGGUAUAGGGUUUUUGUUUUUAAGGGGAAUAUCUUAUUAUUAUCUUACUGUGUAUACUAGAAUUUAGUACCCUGGUUUAUACAUUUUUACCGUUUCUCUCCUUUUUCUUAUGCUUUUUUUUCCCAGAGUUCUACUGUGCAGUCUUUGAUGGAUGCCAUUUUUAGUGUUUGCAAUUUAUAUCCAGAAAGAAAGGUGCAGCUGGAACUAAAUGACUCACAGCCAUUGUGUUACUCUCAGCUCAGCCCUGAUGUCAUGAUGGGGCCUGGGUCACAUAUCACUUUUUAAGAUACAUGCCUAAGAUUUUUUAAACGUACAUCUAAUGUGAGAAUGAAGCAAAGCACGUUCGUGAGAGAGUCAGAACUGGCUGUGAUCCCUUCAGGCCAAUACUUUUGAUAAUUCUGUUAGUAUGCAUUUAAAAAUACCACACCAGGGUUUUCAUCUGUGAGACAGAAAGGGAAUGAGCAGCUCCCAAACUUUGUGUGAAGGUAACUGCUACUAUAGCACAAUAUGUAAAGGUUCCUAUGAGCUCCCGUUACCUAACCAGAGGCAGCCCACUAUACUUCUGAAUGAUUCCCUGGUUUUGCUUUUCCUCCUUUCAUUCAGACACCAUAUGGGGCACAGUUGCUGCAAGGCAUGUGGCUGGAUUAUUUGCUCACUCCCAGUCACAGAGAAAACAGCAGAAUUACCUGCUGGUUAAGAGAGAUGUGGAAGGGGCUCCUCUGAAGGGGGUGAAUUUUAACACAUUCAGGCUUUUUGUGGUUUAAGAAUGAACUUUUUCCAGAAAAAUUGUGCUUCCACUAUCAGAGUUUGGGGAAUUGUGUAUUAUUAAACCAGUACAUGUUUAAUGCAGAUUGUCAGCCCUCUCCAUCCUUCUAAGCCCUGGAGUCCUGUGAGUUGACAGGUAAGCGCUGAGGUCCAGCCUAGGUUAUUUUUUUACAAAACCUUCAGCAAGGCCUGAAAAAUCUCAAGCAUAAAAACCGAACCUAUGCAUUGUUCUGAAUCCUAAUGCACCUUGUGAGUGUAGUAGUAAAUUUUGACAGGCUCAUCAUUACAGUCCCCAGGCAUGCUCCCAGGGAGAAUUCAAAAAUGCAAACAGUGUUUUGGUCCAUUUUACCCAAGUUAUAUGUUUCCAGACAGUGAACUGCAUUGCAUCGGUUCAACUGGUAAAAUAUAUUGAGCUUUAACAGUCAGCUGAUAUGCAACCUUUUAAUUAGAAAUGUAGACAAUCUUGCAAAUCAGUGUUAACCGUUUGAACUGCUGUUGUGAAGUAGAAACUGAUCGAAAGAAAUGAAAGAAAUAUCUAAGCGCUACCAUUUUUCUCAUUCUCCAAUUCUUUCAAUGCGGAACUGUCAUAAACUUACUUGAAAUCCACGUGCUCACCACACAGAUGACAUCCUUGGCAAGUCAUGGAGAUUUUAAAAGAGUGAUGAACUGUGGAAAAUGAAAAUUUACAUUGCCCCUGCUAUUUAAAAGCCCUCUUACGUUGGGUAGCAUAAUAUAUUUUUUAUUUCUAUUAAUGACAGUUCCUCCCAUAGUUCUGAAACAUUCACACAGGAGUUUUUGCUUCACAUCUUACAACUUAAAAAUGGACCUCCAUGUUAAAAAUAAACUGCGGGGUGGCCCUUUACAAAGUGCCUGCCUUAUCAAGCUAAUCAAGUAAUAAAGAUCUUCCAGGACUGUGCCAUUUAGGCUGCGGAUGGGGAGGAGAUGGCAUGUUCAAAUAAUCCCUCUUCUAAAAUAACCAAAACUAAUCAUUCAUACACAUAAAAUAGAAUAUCAGAAAUGAAGCCUUUGUCUUGAUAUAUAGACUGUCCAGGCAAAUACACAAUCCCCUGCCUGUUGCCCAAAGUCAUGGAAAUUAUUUGCCGCUUAACUGUAUAUAUGGGUCCUAAAGUGAUCUGCAUGAGAACACUGGUGUACAAAUUUAAAGUCCCAAGCUGGGCUGUUCAUUCUAAUUCCAUGUGUUUUGUGAAGCUUGAAAUAAGGAUAGCACCAUCUUGCCCUGCAAGGAUCGUAAUUGUUAGUUUUUCUGAGAAACAGUUUCAUAAUAUUUGCAAUUAUUCCAAACUUUGCAUUUCAACAAAGGAGAUGAAGGGGAUGAGAAGCAAGUAAAGUGUGUGGCAGAUCCAAAUAGAAAUGACUGCAAGGGGAUGAAUUUGGUGUUUUGCUCAAUAUUUUUACUAGGGAUAGCUUUUGUUCAUUUCAAAUGCGUAUGUGUGUCUUUGCACACAAGACGGCUGCUCUGCCUUCCAUUUUCAAAGGUUGUUCAGAAUUGCAUCGCACAUUGCACACUUUUUUGUCAACAUUCCUGCAUGUCCUUGAACAUACACCUCUGUCUGUUACUGUUUCUUGCAGUAGUGCCCUCUCUUUGAUCUUAGUUUCACAAGGGGAUUUCUGUUUAUUUUGCUGCUCCAUAAAAAGAAGAUGUGAAUGGAAAAGAAAGCUGAACCACUUUGGUUGACUUGCUUGUAGUGUCGCUUCAGUUAGGUGUUGUCCUUUCAACUGUGCUUAUUGGCCCCAAAGUAGCUGUGUAGCUCCCUUAUUUCUGACAUUCGCCAGAACUGACAACAUUCUCUUAUACUCACCCAGUCCAGAAGUGGAUUGGACUAACCAUCAGAGGGUACAGCUACAGGGUACAAGAACACUCACCAUGAAAGCAAUCACCACUCAUAUCAGGGGGUAUGUAUGGAGUAUGCAGGGUAUGUAUGUACUCAUAUCAGGGGGUAUUUAUGAAGCAUAUGCAGAGUCACAUGCUUCCUUUCUGGCUUGGUUACUGCAAUCCAGGUUGGGGAACCUCCAGGCCAGUCUUGGCCCAACAAUGCUAUUUUCUCCAAAGCACACACUCCUGUCAAUCACCUGGCAUCACUUGUGAUGUCAACUGAUGAGCAGGAGGGCACAGUUCAAGUCUGGCAGGACAUAAUGUAGGAGGAUGUAACCUUCACUCAUCAGCUGAUGAAUGGGGGUUAAAUUAUGCUCCGUUUAGUUACAGGUACCUUCCAGGAGAAGGAAGAAAUAAAGGCCUUCCCAAACUCUAUGGCUGGAUUGGUACUUCUCUGGUGAGCACCAGCCACAGGGCUGGCAAAGUGCUAAUUUCUGCUCUCCAUGUGGGGGGAGAUAACAGACGGAAGCCUGCUGGGAAUAGGUGUGCACAGCGAAACUGAGCAACAUUAAAACCAUCCAAUGCUCCUUGCGCACAGCCAGGGAGAAGCUCUUAAGUGCAGGCUUUGAGAAGUUUGUAUGAUCCACACAUUUCAAAGCACUGUCAGGUGCUUGGGAACACCAUGCAAGGGAUUUUGAAAAGUGAGUGAGACAACCUGCCUGUCAAUCAUGAAAUGUCAUGUUAACAUCAUGUGAUUGAAAGGUAGGCUGCCCAAUCUGUCGAAUUUUCCUUGAGCAGCCAAGCCUGAUAAUGAGCUGACCCACGGAAUCAAAAAGGUCCCCACUCUUCAAAUUCUAAAAGUUUGGCACAGACUUACAGGUUGCUUACCAAGGAAGUAAAGGGAGUGUCCUGCUGUCUCCUCCUGCAGUGAGUGCUUUUGGCUUCUGUUCUGUCCACACUUGCUGCUCCCCGCUCCUUUUUUGCUUUCUCAUUUCUGCUGUCUCUGCCCCUGUAUCAAGGCUCUUCAUGUGUACAGUUGUUCUGUGUGUACAGCAGCCUCAGAAUGGUAAGCAUUUAUAGUGCAUUUACAUACUGUCAGGACUUACUGGUUCUCAGAUAAAGGUGUAAGUCCUUGCAGUGAUGUCUUGCUGAUGCUCUACUAGCCAUAUUGGGAAACAUUUUUUUCAUUCAUAUUUUAAGACCUGAGAUACUCAGAUGAGGUUGCAAGAAGAUGACUUACUUUUAAAUUGGGGAAAAUGGGACCACAUGUAUUAAUAGUUAUGUCUGAUUUGUUCUGAGUUGGGAUUUAUGAAUGGACAGGUGCCCAAAGUUGUGAGUGUAUGUGUGAAUGAGUGCUUUUAAAAGUCGUUUCCGUUAUUAAAUAUUACGCCACAUCUCUACCUCUUUCUCAUUUUUACCAUAGAUUUUCCCUCCUCCAGUUAAGUUAAACUAUUCCCAUUCUCUCCCAAAUCUCACAUUCUUAUGUCAAUUAAGCAGGCAUUAGAAUAAAAAGAAAGAAAACAACACAAGAGGUGAAUAAUCCAGCUUUGUAUCUCUGCAGUCCCAAGGAAUACAUCAUUCCUCCAUUUCAUUUGCUGAGGCUUGACUUCAGAGAUGUAGAUCAGUAUGUCACUUACCAGUGGCUCAAUUACAUGUUGCCAUCGGCUGGGGGGGGACAAAAUUGGCACUUGUCUGCAGGAUGAAUGCUUCAAGUCUAAGACAAAUGCUUCGUAGUGUAAGAUUAAACCGAUGUCAUCUUACAACUCUCUUCCUGUAUCCAAGAUAGAACUAGAUCUGCCAAGGAACAUGAAGCUUCUGCUAAAAAGGGCAAGUCCCCCUUCUUUCUCAUUCACAACGUAGUCAUGGAACUGUAGAACACAACUCUGCUUGCUGUUCCAUCGCGCUCCAUGUAUGAUACAAAGGUCAGAAGUGGGGAGUCUGCUGUCCACACCUCUGCCCUCUACGUGAUUUAGAUAGCUGCACAAUGAGGGUCCCUGGAGGGAGGUCCCACUCUUCCCUCACGACAUGAUUCUGAUCACCUGAGAGAUUUAGCUCUGUUAUAAUGUUAUAAUGCUCUGCUAUAACGCAUUUUCCUUCUCCCAUUCCAAAUCAGUGCCAUUGUCUGUAUGGGAUGGAAUGUGCAAUGUGAUCACAGUGUGAUAUGUUUCAUUACUAAACUGUACAGGUGUCACUUGAGUUCUGUGAUGGAAGUAAGGGGAUAUAAAUGUAAGAAAAUAAAUAAAGAGAUGUUGCUGGGCAGAAGGGAGAACUUAGUUUUACUGGGUUGGGCAGAAAGUUCCGUGUUCUUCAUUCUAGCUAAUUCUGUCUUCAUGUGCUUUAAGUUCGUCUUCAUUUAUCCCCUAAUAUGGCAUUCGUACUCAUGAGUUUGUGAAUACCUUUCUCUAGAAUGUUAGAGGAAUUAAUUAACACAACUGUUAUCCUUGAACCAGCUCUUGCUACCUCACAGAAAAGCAAGCAGCAAUAUGAAUUGAAAAUCCUUUCAAAGUUGCACAGUGGUAUCUGUUGAAUGUUAAUCUCUGGUGAUUUUUUUUUUCAGGGUUUCCAUUAAAAAAAUGAUAAAAAUGUUAACUAUAAGGCAGAAAAAGCCUAAUUCACUGAUAACCAACAGCAGCUCCACAUGUUGUGCAUUGGUACACUUAGGUUUCUUCAGCAAAUAUGUAAACGUGUUAACAACAGAUAUCUAUACUUAAACACCUGUCUCUGUAUAUCUGAAUUGUGAAGCACCUCUGUACCCUGUUCCUAAUGGAUAAUCUGAUUAUCUGAUUGCAAUCCCUGGAUUAUGUCUUGGUCUCUGACGGUGCAGUAGGACACCCUGCUAAUUUUCACUGAGGUGGCUAAAGCUGAAUCAGAGCUGUUCCAUUUUAGGCAGCAUAUGGCUCACACAGUCCCACCAUAUAUAGAAAUUAGGUGCCAGGGAAAAGGGUUCUAGACUAGCCUUCUCCAUGACAUGCUAAUGUUUUCCCCAUGUAGGAAAAAACUGCAGAGGAGCAUUUGCCCAUGAAUGCACAGUGGUAUAGCCCAGAUACUACUUUACCUCCUCACUAACAACAAGGCCUAGGAUCAGGUAGCUGGCCAUUUUGCCUUCUUUUAAACCUUAUUUUUUGUAGAGUGCUCACUUACAUUUUAUGAAUGCAUAGCACAUAGAUAUUUCCUGUAGUCUUUUAAGCAUUAUCCAGACCAUGCUGGCUGCCGAGAAUGAAACAAACCAUGGAUAGCACCAUGCUUCAAAGCUGGUGUUGGGCACUCUGGAGCCUUGGGCUCACCGAGUCCCCUGUGCUCAUGCCCUGGGGGAGGAACAAGAUGACUCAAUUGGCAUGUGGGAGGUGUAUGUGAGUCCCCCAUGGCAGGUAGUGAUGCCAAUGGGGGGCCGGGACAAAAGGAAAACAGCUCCACUUAGCAUGGGAGUGGAUGGAAUUAUACCCCACAUAGGGCAGGGCAGAUUGCUGCAUAGACAACACAAAGCAAUACUGUUCUUAAGUUAAGAAAACCAGUUAUUUCGAGGGAAAUCAUUGGAUUAUACUCUUAAUGAAUACUAAUUGUCCUGUAACUGUUGGGCAAAAGGGAUGCUGACUGACUUUAUUUUAAAACUACGUUUUUGGUGGGUGGGUAUGCAUCUGGCGGGUGGGUAUGCCUUUCCUCAAAAAGAAAACAACUGUUGCUUUGAUUAUUUAACUACACACUUUUAGCAUGUUUUUAAAUAAAAUUUCAUAUUGAGCAAAAACAUUUUAAGCAUAUACAACUGUUGAUUUGCAUUUAUAUUAAAGGUUGAAGCAAA